AUGGCCUCCGCAGGGGACAACUUCUCGGCCGCACUCUCAGCAUGGAAGACUAUAAACCUACUGGAAUUGCAGAAGACGCUCGACACGCAGGGCGUGGAACUGGUUGAGAACCAAAAGGAGAGCGUCGUAGGAAGGAAAGCUCUGGCGGACAGGACAAAGGACUUCAAGAAGAUACCUGAGGAGGAGAAGCUGAAUGCAUUCAAGGGUCUGCUCAAGGCGUACCAAACUGAGAUUGACAGCCUCACGAAGCGGUCUAAAUUUGCGGAGAAUGCAUUCUUAGAUGUAUACAAGGUACUCGCAGAGGCACCAGACCCGUACCCGCUCCUCGAAGCUACCGUGGACCAAGCAGUCAAAGCGAGUGAAUCUUCUGAGGCGCAAGAAGAAGUCAAACGCCUACGGAAGGAGAACGCGGAGUUGCAGAAGAAGCUGGAUGGCCUCGCCAGCGUUGAAUCCGCCAAACGCAAGGCUGAGACCAAGGUCGAGCAGCUCGAGGAGAAGCUCGAUACUAUGGUGCAAGAGCGUGUGGCGCAGAAGGAGAACGAGCUCAAUGCGGCUUACGACGAGAAGAUGCGCAACUACGAAGAGAGGGAACAAGACCUCCAGAAACAAGUUGCCCUCACGAAAGAGCAACUCCGCGACUUGCGCAUGUCCAACGAAUCCAACCAGGCGCGUCUGCUCGACCAAAGUCAAAGACAAGAUCAGGAGGUCUACGCCAAGCUCGCCGAGAUGGAUAUGAUGGUAGCCGACCUCGACCGCGCAAGCACGCGCGUCGCCACUGUUGAGCGCCGGAACGAGCUCCUGCGUGCUGAGAUCGAGGGACUGAAAACGGGCAACGAGCGGUCAGAUCGAGUUCGCGAUCUUGAGGCGCAAGUUGACGCGUUGGAGUCGGAGGUCGACCGUCUUUCCGAUUCCUUGGAACACGAGAAGAGCGUCGUCGCAGAGCUCGAGACAAGGAUCACGCACACCGCCGAUGAACAUGGAAGGCAAGUCGCCGAGAAGUCUUCUGAGAUCCAGCGCUUGAAGGAUAAGCUGAAGAGCUACUCCGACUACGACGAGAUCAAGCGCGAGCUGGACAUCAUGAAAUACGUCGAGUUCGCCGGGCUGGAGGGCGAUCUCGAUGACGACGAGGGAUACGAGGUGUCAGAGGACGGGCCGCUGUCUCCCAGCUUGCAACUACCCAACCCGAACGCUACGAAGUCCAACGCUCAGCACGGGAGCUCAUUGGAAGCGCUGCUUGCUGCAAAGAAUAAGCGCAUACUGGACGAGUUGGCGAAGUUCAGGAUCUUGCAUGGCGAGCUGGAGGCGUCGCUGCAACAAGCAAGAGGGGAGCUGUCCACGGCUUCGACGGAGUUGGAGAAGCAACGCGAGCUGAACGAGAAGCUGGAGAACGACUUGUUGAUGCUUGACCAGCGAGGUCAGGCGAAUGGGAAGGCGAAGGAUGCGUCAAAAGGAGACGAGGACGAGGGCGACGCGUUAGCAGGACUCGACAUUGGUGGGCGCAAAUCCAAGACGCCGUCAGCCACAGCAGCCCGCAACUCGCCUGUACCCUUCACAUCAUCCGCUGACACAUCUAUCCUCCCCAUCGUUACAUCCCAACGCGACCGUUUCCGCGCACGAAACGCCGAGCUCGAAGACGAACUUCGAAAGCAGUUCCAGACUAUCUCCGAACUGCGUACCGAGGUUCGCGGACUGCAGACGGACAACCUCAAGCUGUACGAGAAGGUGCGGUAUAUGCAAUCGUACAGGGAGAAUACGACAAACUCGACGUUGGACCCGUUGCCAUCGAACGCGGCGGGAGGGAGCGCGACGGAGAUGAGCAAGUACAGUGCGCGGUAUGAGGAGUCUAUGAACCCGUUCGAGGCAUUCCGUGGACGAGAAGCCGCGAGAGCGUACUCGAAUCUCAAUCCGCUGGAGCGCGGUGUGUUCGUCUUGACACGCACAAUCUUGGGUAAUCGGCGAGCUCGGACUGCGUUCAUAUGUUAUGCGUUUGCAUUACAUAUGCUAGUCAUGUACACAUUGUACGAGUGCUCAGGGAGCUCUGGGGCAGAUCUGGCCAAAUCACCUACACCCUUCUCAUGA